UGGGACCGAGCCCGGAUCUGUAGAAAUUGGUGGAGCGCUGUGGCUACAGGAGAAGGUGGAGCGGAGACGCAGCAGCAGUGGAAAAAAUCUGUGACAGAGCCACAUUUGGGGAAGAAAUACGGAAAUCAAGAACAAGCGGAUGAUCUAGAAGGACACACAAGUUUUCCUCCAGAUAAGAAACCAAAUGGGGAAUCUUUUAAAAGUUCUCACUUGCACAGAACUUGAUCAGGGGCCAAACUUUUUCCUUGACUUUGAAAACGCACAGCCGACAGACUGUGAGCGAGACGUGUGGAACCAAGUGAACGCUGUGCUCCAGGAGUCUGAGAGCAUCCUUUCAGGCCUGCAGGCUUACAAGGGAGCAGGACAGGAGAUACGAGAUGCUAUACAGAAUCCUAAUGACUUGCUGCUUCAGGAGAGGGCGUGGAACUCAGUCUGUCCUCUUGUCAUUCGACUCAAGAAGUUUUAUGGCUUUUCGCUGAAGCUGGAGAAAGCUCUACAGAGCCUGCUGGAGUCUCUAACCUGUCCACCAUACACUCCCACUCAGCAUCUGGAGAAGGAGCAGGCCCUUGCCAAACAGUUCGCCGAGAUCCUGCAUUUCACCCUUCGCUUUGAUGAACUCAAGAUGAGAAUUCCUGCCAUCCAGAACGACUUCAGCUAUUACAGAAGAACAAUCAGUCGGAACAGAAUAAAUAACAUGAACUUGGACAUUGAAAAUGAAGUCAACAAUGAGAUGGCAAACAGAAUGUCUCUCUUCUACGCUGAGGCCACUCCAAUGCUGAAAACACUUAGUACAGCAACAACAAACUUUGUGACCGAGAAUAAGACGUUGCCCCUGGAGAACACCACAGACUGCCUGAGCACCAUGGCCAGUGUCUGCAAGGUUAUGCUGGAGACGCCAGAGUACACAAGCCGGUUCAAUAGUGAAGACACACUGCUCUUCUGCAUGCGGGUGAUGGUGGGCGUUAUAAUUCUCUACGACCAUGUGCAUCCCAACGGUGCCUUCACCAAGUCCUCAAAAAUUGAUAUGAAAGGAUGCAUAAAGGUCCUGAAAGAUCAACCAGCUGAUAAUGUUGAAGGUCUCCUUAAUGCCUUGAAAUUCACCACAAAACAUCUGAAUGACGAGUCCACUCCAAAAAAUAUCAGAACAAUGCUCCAGUAAUGUUUUUUUUUGGUUUGUUUUUUUUUUUAAAGCGAAGAGGAUCAAUGUACAAACCUCAAAAGAUGUAUAUGUUUACAUUUAUUUAAGGACUUGAUGUUAAUACUUGUGUGUAUUUACAUAGCCAUUCCCUCCAAGUUACUGCAAUGUAAAGAAAAUGUACCUUUAUUCAAGACUGAACAAACUGCCUAAACUGUCUGUCAAAGCACAAAUUAAUGAAACCACGCAGCCUUACAAACACUCAUGAUAUCGUUCUCAAUGUUGCUUUCAAAUCAAAAACGGUGAUCGUUGUAACCAAAGGGGCUAAUGCGUUGUGUGUAUGAGUGAGUGUGUGUGUGUGUGGAGGGGUGUGUUCAGGUGAAGUGUUGCGUGAGGUGCAGUUACGCAGUGAGAAGUUAAAUAUUCAGUGAGUGAGUAAGAACUGUUUGUGCUUUUGUCAUGAUUGAAAGGUGAAAAGACAGUUCAGUAAUGCUAGAGGAAUAGUGAUAUUACCAAAAGCUUUUUUUUUCUUUUCUUUAUUUUUUUAAUUGUGGUUUGACACUUUUUGUUGUAUUCUUUUUCUAUAUGUGAUGUGUGCUCUUCUUGUUUGUGUGCCUGUGUCUCUAACACACAUUCAUUACUCAUCACCACAGCUUUAAAAUUUGAAAUAAAAUGACAUUUUGAGUAUAUUUUAAGUGGGA